AUGAACGAAGAAUCCGAGUUCCCCGAGGAUGAGCGCUCGGUCGAGCUUUCCUCGAUUGUCGCCAUCUUCCCCGAAAUACAGAUCGAUCCUUCCUCGCCCUUCAAAGCCGUCUUUGAUCUUCCAGUCGCACCUGCCGUUCCAACCUCGGUUUGCUUCCAACAGCCACGGGAUGCCACACUCGUUGCCACUUUUACCCCUCCGACAUCCUUGGAUGAGUCCAAAGGGGAGUUGAACCAACCGCCAGUCAAAGAUGCCCAUGCCCUCACACACCUGCCUCCGCUAAACCUCGAGAUCGAAUUGCCUGAGGGCUACCCAACCGAGAAGCCACCCACCGUUCGUCUAAGCACCGUCCCUGCAUGGCUAUCGCCCUCAGUCAUUGACCGAUUGACCGAAGAUUGCCGCCGACUUUGGGAGGAAGGUGGAAAGGAUCUGGUCGUCUUCACGUACAUCGACCAUCUCCAACAGCUCGCGGAAUCAACCUUUAAUAUCCAGGAUGCAUCUGGCGAAAUCUUCCUUCCACGGGACCUGAAAGUUGGACUCCUGGAUUACAACAAGAAAGCUGAACGUGAAACGUUCGAGCAAGGAACUUUUGAAUGUGGGGUAUGCUUGGAACCGAAAAAGGGAUCCGUUUGCUAUCGGUUGCUUCGUUGUUCCCAUGUCUUUUGCAUUCGCUGCUUGCAGGAUUUCUACAACUGCUGCAUCACCGAGGGCAAUGUUGACGGGGUGAAGUGCAUGGCGCCGGAUUGCGAGUACAAUAAGAAACCCGCGGCUGCGCCAGGUGCAGCUGACACCCCGCCUCGCAAAAAGCGUGAUCGUACCCUCGGACCCAGCGAGCUUCUUCAGAUCCCUCUGGCCCCCGAGACAGUGCAGCGAUACGCCUAUCUCAAGAGGAAAAGGAAGAUCGAAGCCGACAAAACCACUGUUUAUUGUCCACGGGAGUGGUGCCAAGGACCUGCACGAUCUAAACGACAUCCUAAGCUAGAUGACCCAUUGUCAGAUGAGUUGGACAGCUCCGACGAAGAAGAUGCCGCGGAGGCCCGCAACGAAAAUAAUAGCGGGGAGCUCCCUCCCAUGGCGGAGCGUGUGGCAAUUUGCGAAGAAUGCAGCUACGCCUUCUGCUCAGUCUGUCGAAAAGGUUGGCAUGGUGAACUGGUACGCUGCUUCCCUCGCCGCAGCAAUGGCGAGCAGACCGAGGAAGAGAAGGCAACUGAAGAAUACAUGCGCCUGUACACGACCCCCUGCCCAACUUGCAAUGUGCCUUGCCAGAAGCAAAUGGGAUGCAACCAUAUGCGAUGCUUCCAAUGCGACACACACUUCUGCUAUCUUUGCUCGGCCUGGCUGUGCGCAGACAACCCAUACAGACACUUCAACGAUCCGAAAGGCCAAUGCUACAAUCGUCUCUGGGAUCUGGAAGGUGGCGAUGGCAUCAACCCGGACGGUGCUGAGGCCCUCCACCGCAUUCCAGAGGCACUUUUGAAUUUCGAGGAUGACGGACCAGUAGUGGUCGUUCCCGAAGACACAGAUGAAAGCGAUGAUGACCGACCUGCAUUCGAAUUUGACCACGAUGAAGAUGAUGAUAUCCACCGACACCCACCUCCCCCGGCUCCUGUUCCACCCCAGGUCAACCGCGGUGGUCACAGACAGGGCCGACGUGAUCACGCAGCCGCUCGCGCUGCCGCAGCCGAACGCCAAGCUCAAGCUCGCGCCAUGGCAGAAGUACGAAAUCGCGAAAACCGGGACGCCAGGCGACAGGCGAGGCCCCCUAUCCGGUGGGCAGAUAUUCCUCCGCGUCCUCUUCCGCAGCGCGGGGAUCCACGACACCCCGUUCGGCGAAUUCACAAUCCGCCUGAGCCAUUGGCCGGCGAAGAUGGCCGUCCCAUCGAUUGGGAGGUUGUGGGUUACAACCAAGUAAGGGGACAGGUACACCCUGGUCUUCAACGAUUUCUUGACCUAGUGGCAGACGACCGCGAAGAUGAAUGGGACAGCGACGAAUUGGAUGACGACUUUUAG